UCUAGUUUGGUGCCUUAACAACUACACCAAACUGGCUCUUAAAAUACCAAUUAUUAGAGUGGACCUUUAGUAUGGUGCCAUGCUUGUGUCCCUGAAUUAUCUGUCUCUGCUGUUGGAAAGAGGAAGGAGGGCUAGAUGGUCAUGUGCUCAGAUUCAACAGGAUUUAAAAAAUAAUAUUUUAAUGGUGCAAUCCUAUAUGACUGAAUUUGCACAGCACACAUACAGAACAUUAAUUUAACCAUGAUGUUUUUUGUUUUUGUUUUAAUCCGCUUUCAAUUGUGACCCAUUCGAUGGAGACUGCCUGGACAAGUCCUUGCAGUUUUCCUGGCAAGGUUUUUCUGGAAGUGGUUUGCCAUUGCCUCCUUCCUAGAGUAAAGCCCAGCUGGUGGUCACAGGAAAUUGAGUCUCUUCCACUGCGUUGCAUCCAGCAACUGGCAACCAAUUCCCAUUUUCCCGUGCAAGGCGCCGCCAGCGUUUUUCCUCCCACUGGGUUCAAUUUGUAGGAGCAAGCUUACCAAUAUUUUUGCCUAGAAUCAGAAGCUAAAUAUCUUAUGUACCUGUUUCCUAUGUUCAUUCAUGCUAACUUCAUUCUUGGUGUUUGGGAAGUGCAGAACAUAGGAAAUCACUGAGGUUGUACGAAAAUAAGAAUGGGUCAGCUGUGUACCAAGUGCAUCCAGUUGCUUUAUGACUUUGCUCUCUCAGGGAAAACACUCUUGUCAGGUCUAUUGCUUGAUAUUAGGAAGUAUUUGGCUCAGAUCGCUGACUGCCCUUGUCUAAAGCGAAAAAAUGUUGAAAUGAGGCAACUCUACAAACCUGUUCUUCGUCCCCAUGAAAAGGAAACUGCCCAAGAGUUUCUGCAAGACAUUGAAAGAGGUUUUGAAAUGUCAUUACUUGGCAAGAUCUCCUUAGAAGUUCUAAAGACCUUGGCAUUUUCGGAUAACCCUGGAUUGCAAAUGCUUGCUGCUCUCUAUUACCUACACAUAAGCCAAGACUCGCUAAACAUCCAGCUGUCCCUAGAGCAUUUGGAAACAUACUAUGCUUUGCUGAAGUCUAACGAUUUGGAGGUUCAGCAGAUUUCAUCUUUAUCCCUGCUCAGUUUUUUAUUAGAAGGAAAUGUAACCAAGGAGCAUGUCAUAGAAAUGGAUUUACUUGAGCCAAUCCUAGAGCUACUCGAGUCGGACGACAUCACUGCUCAGGGUAAUUCCUGUGCCUGCUUAAUGAUGCUGGCUGACUCAGAGGCCUGUCGGAAUGCAAUUGCAGCAGCCGGAGGAACUAUUCCAUUACUUUCCCUUUCUAAAUCUCAUGAUAUCGGGGUUCAACAAAAUGCAGUUCGAGCUAUUUUCAGCCUCACACAAUCAGAAUGGAUCCAAAAGGUUUUGGUUCGUCAAAGUGCUCUCCCAAUACUCACCCUUUUAUUAGAGUCUCCUGACACAGAAGUACAGUACUAUAGCUGUGGUGCUCUCAGCAAUGUGGCUACAAAUUCACAGCACCACAAAGCUAUGCUUCAUGUUGGUGACAAGUUUCUUCUACAGACUCUUCUUUCUCUCCUGUCUUCAGAUGUGGACAAGAUUUCAAACUAGGCUUGUAUUUGUCUCAGGAAUUUAGCCACAAGUGAGAGCAUUCUGACCAGUCUUGUUGCUAUGCAUAUCCAGUCCCACCUUCUUCCUCUCUUGACAUUUAGCAAUAAAGAGAUUCAGCAGAAUUCAGUAAUUCUCCUCCAGAUAUUAUCCCAACACCCAGGCAACCAGGAAGCCCUGAUGUCUGAUGAGAUGCUGCAAACUCUGGGGGAGCUGUUGCUUACCUGGAAAACAGACCCAGUAAUUGUUGGUCGUACGGCUAGCCUCAUCAAAAAUCUCAGCCUUUCUAAAAACAUACAGAAGAUCCUAGAAAGUCCAUGCAUCAAAGGCCUUUUACAAGCUAUCCGUAGUGCCCACUUACUAGAAGAGGACUCUCUUUUCUGUGUUGUAUCUUGUCUUGCUGAACUAGUGAAGCAUGAAGGAACCAUAAUGCAUAUUCUAGCUUUGAUGGAUGAGCCAUUGAUAAAUCAUCUAGUGAAACUGGCUGACCAGGUGGAACAACCCAAGCUUUCAUUCCAAGCUGCCUUUAUGAUCAAACACAUCCUACAACAUGAAGAGGUAGUGUCUCUGUUAAAAGCUCACAUGAACCAAGUUCAGCAAUAUUUGAUGAAAUAUCUUAUCCACCGGGAGAUUCGUUUUCAGCAUUUGGGCAUAACCACUCUCUGUGCAUUACAGAAAGAUCCAGAGUUUUUGGCAGCAUUCAGAAACAGUGAACUGAAGAAGCGCCUUGAUGAAAUCUGUCAACAAACUGAAAUUAUGCAAGAGUUUCUCAGUAUUGCUAUUGGACAUAUGGAGGCAUGAGACAAACUUCCAGCAAUAUCGUUAGCCUUUUUAUCAUUAGUCAGCAUGGAGAUCAUUAGACUCUGAAUAGGCAGCUGAGCUAAGAUAUCGGUAUCCCUGGUUCAAUGGAACAGCCUUGGGUAAAUCCACAACAGCUACAUAAAUUAUGAUGUCUGUUAUUUGGGUAGAAAUUAAAGGAUGCACUCAUUCAGGAACAUUUCACCCAUCAUAAGGUAUGUAAACAGAAUCCGUUGUCUUUUCUAGGAUGGCUGAUUCACAUGUAACUGUUCAUUAUUUUGAUGCAUGCAUGGACCAGUCAGUUCUACUAUACAGAUGCAAGACAGAUGGAGCGAUCUAAAGAUAGUUCUGUUGGACAGAUGGUGCAAUUUUUCACCAUCCUUGCUGAGACAUUUGUGAUCUGCAGAUCUCUACAGAUGUGGAUAAUCAGUCUUAUUUGAUUAUCUGCAUCUGUAGAUAAUAAUCAUUGGCAAUAUUCCGCUUAUUUUAAUAAACUGAAAUUUGAUUAACAGCUUUGAAAUGGAAAAAUCUCUGCUAGCAAAUAAUUAGUGUGUGCCAAUUUCCAAGAGAAAUGUGUGAAGUUUUUAUUAAAAUGGGCAUUUCUAGAAAAAUAUAUUUAUGUAAAAUGUUUGUGGUGUUGUAACUGAUUACUAUAUGAUGCACAUUCAUGCCAUAUGAUUACUAUAUGCUUGUAUUCAAGCAUGAAUGACUAAUCACCUCCUUGUCCCAUCAGUUGAUACUGUUUCAGGGAAGGGACCUGGAGUAUUCCCAUCAUAUUAGAGCAUGUAGAACAGGCAGAAAUAAUUGGUGACAGGUGGUUCCAUAAAUGGCAUGUCUUGAAUCCAAAAGUUCCUAUGUACCUGUGCAUAUUUGUGUAAAAUACUUUGUAAAUAGAAAGAUUUCCUGGAUGACAAGGGGCUAUCCACCAAAGAGGACAUACAGUACCUAACUACACAAAGAAACAUGUUCGGAGAUUAUCUUUAUGCAUAUGUGAAGUGCAUAUGCUCAGGAACUCUUACUUUGUACACAGGUCUGAAUUAAACUGAUUACCAUUUCCUACAGAAAAAAUAGACAGCUGAAUAAAUGCCUUACAUACAAGACUACUGUUUUCUUUGUGCCACUAAAAUCAAAUGUCUGAAAGCCAUGACCAAAGUUUGCAUCUUAUCUAGCUCUGAGUGAUUCUGCAGUUGUCCACAAGCACAGUAGAAAUGAAGGUGUGCAUGCAAGCCUUAUCCCCAACAUCCCCUUGUGGCUUGUUUGGGCCUUUGCAUAUUGAGGAUUGAU